AUGUCCAUGGUUGCGCAACACCUUUACUUUGGUAGAAAGUAUACAGUUGUUUUGAACGAGUACAAUGCCGUAAAGCAAGUUUUAUCACAUCCUGCCGCUUUGAACAGAGCACUUGGACAGCUUGACCACUUGGAUCCUCACGUGCCUGGGCUCAGAAAAUUUUGCGAAGUUUUUAAAAUUGGUGGUUAUGACAAAGCCGCACAAUACAACAGGGAGUUCGCAUUGUUUCUCAAAGAGGAAAUCAGCCGUCAUAAGACUCCUGAAUUUAAAGAUGUACAAGAUUUUAUAAAUUCUUAUUUGAAUAAGUUGGCUGAGCUGUCAGAAUCAAAGAACACGAAUCAUUUCUUUUCAGAACCUGAACUUGAAGGCAACUUAACCUCUUUGUUUCUUGGAGCCACACAUACCAUCUUCAGCUCUUUAGGCUGGCUAUUUCGAAUCAUGAGUGCGCAUAAGGACAUACAGGAGACGGUUUAUAAGGAACUUAUGGAGGCCACUGGCUUAGAUGGACGAGCAAGAUACGAUGAACGCGACAAAAUCCCUUACACGUUUGCUGUUCUCAUGGAGGGCCAACGAUAUGCAAGUAACGUUCCAAUGAGUGGGAAUAGGAUCGCAACUGACGAUAUUCCCGUCAAUGGAUAUGUGAUCCCAAAGGGCACCGAAAUGACUGCAAAUUUAUGGGUCCUCCAUCAUGAUCCAAACUAUUGGGAUGAACCUGAAGAAUUUCGUCCGGAAAGAUUUCUGACUGCUGAUGGCACCAAGAUCAUUAAGCAACCACAAAGCUAUGCUCCAUUUUCUGUUGGUAUGUAUGCUUUUUAA